UGACAGCGGGGCUGAGCGGCUCUUCGUUGUUGUCGCUCUUUGGCUCGGGCACUGACAGCUGGUUACAGGAAGCCGUCGGCAGCGUAUCAUGAAUAAACGGCAACGUGAAAGCGCAUACAUUUAAUUCUGGUCAUUGGGUGCACGGCGUUUUUCGUCAGCAAACGUGUGAACCGUUUAUCGGUUGCUCUUUUUUCAGCCGUCCUCCUCCUCCGCCACAUCCAAGUUAGCUUAGCCUACUAGCGCUCAGCGACAUUAUGGCAUGAGACCCUCCUCGUUUCGUUUACCUUAAGAGGCACUUCUGCUUUCAGUGGCUGACCUAGUGGAUGAUAAAUCCUCAGAGACUUCUCGUAAAAGCUUCACUAACUACCAUGGAGCCGCACGCGGCUGUGGGCUGUGUGAACAUGGGCAGUCUGACCAGCACCUUGCCGGUCAUCCCCUACCAGAAGCUGACAGACCUGUACUACCUGAGCAGAGGGGGCUUCGGCACCGUGUUCAAGGCGCAGCACUCCGACUGGAGGACCACUGUGGCCAUCAAAUGCCUGAAGCUCGACUCUCCUGUUGGAGAAAGAGAGAGGAACUGCCUGCUGAAGGAGGCAGAGGUGCUCCACAAAGCCAGAUUCAACUACAUCAUCCAGAUCUUUGGCAUCUGCAAUGAGCCGGAGUUCUUCUGCAUAGUCACAGAGUUUAUGAGCAAUGGCUCUCUGGACCUGUUGCUCCACGAGAAGGACAUGUACCCUGUUCUUGCCUGGCCUUUGCGACUGAGGAGUCUCUAUGAAAUUGCUCUUGGGGUUAACUUCCUUCACAACAUGAGUCCACCCCUCCUACAUCAUGACCUAAAGACACAGAACAUACUGCUGGAUGGUGAAUUUCAUGUUAAGAUCGCAGACUUUGGCCUUUCAAAGUGGCGGCAGCUGUCCGUCAGUAAAGGCUCAGGGUCCAAGCCAGCAGAGAUGGGCGGCACAGUGAUCUACAUGCCCCCUGAGGAGUACGAACCAUCCAAGAGCCGUCGCGCCGACGUGAAACAUGAUAUGUACAGUUAUGCCAUCAUCAUGUGGGAGGUGUUGUCCAGGCAGAUACCAUUUGAAGAGGUUACAAACCCCAUGCAGAUCAUGUUCAGCGUGCUGCGCGGGAUGCGUCCUGACACAAGCCUGGACAGCCUGCCCGCUGACAUCCCCAGCAGAGCGACCCUCAUCAGUUUAAUGACCUGUGGCUGGACCACUAACCCAGACGAACGACCUUCCUUCCUCCAGUGUUUGAUCGAGCUGGAGCCCAUGGUGAGAAACUUUGAUGAAAUAGACUUCUUGGAGGCCGUGCUUCAGAUCAAGAGGUCAAAGCUGAGGCAGAGAUCGAGCUGUUGUUCAGCUCAGCCAGUGUGUGAAAAGAGGAGUGAGGAGCCAUCCCUGAAUACGCUGAAGAACAGGCCGAGCCCCUGGCAGGAGAGCUCCACCUCAGGCUCAGGCUCAGGCUCAGGUUCUUGUUCCUCCCAGGACACAGACAUAUCUCUACCAGGCGUCCUCACCAGCAGCAACGCUGCACCGUCUAAAGGUAGCCUUCCAUCGUCAUUCAUAGCUCCUAAUCUGGACCCUCCAGAGUCUUUGAAGGACCCUGGCAGCAAUCACAACAACUACCAGAGUGCCAGGCCCCUGAAUGAUUUGAAUAAUCCCAUCAAACAUGGCCUGCCGGUCACCGAAUGCGAGACCCGACUGGACAAUCUCACUCUCAAGCCGCAGCCUCAGCAACAAGCAGAUUACACUCUACACCCAUUGCAACACUCCCCUCCCUCACAAGGCCCCAUCGCCCAGUGGAUCACGACACGGCGUGAGGAGAUCGUCUCCCAGAUGACAGAGGCCUGUCUGAACCAGAGCCUGGACGCCCUGCUGGCACGCUCCAUGCUGAUGCGAGAGGAUUACGAACUCGUAGCAAACCAACCCACGCGUACCGCCAAGGUCCGCAAGCUCCUGGACAACUGUGACCGGCACAACGAAGACUUCUGCCGCAUCGUCGUCUGCAAGCUGUACGACAACAAGCAGAAGGGCCUGCAGCCGUAUCCGGCCGAAAUCACCUCCCCUACCACGGCCCUCGUCCCGAGCGCGCCGCCCCUGUCCAUGUCCUACAAUAUCCCCAGGAACAUGUAGCAGCAGUCACAGCCAAGCCAUGGAAACUAUCCAGAUUACAGACAGUGCCAACUUCACACUACUAUUUACUCACACUGUCAUCAAGAUGGUCACCAUGUUUCCUGUCGGUCUUUCCCUCCAAAAGACUGAGGAGCAGCUGGUUGAUGAAGAAGUCUCACAGGUACAAAGCAAAGCUAUUAGCUUGAAUGGUAAUGUCCACUCAUCAACUAGAGACAGAUUAGAUUCUGUAUUAUCAGAAUCAAAAGAUUUUGACUGAAUCAGUGAUUUUAUUUAACAAUGUUACGGAUUUAAUGAGGUGAUUUAUUUAUAGUCUUUUCAUACUGAGUGGAUGUGUUACAUAUCUUUCGGUAUGGUAAGCUUUUUGUCUUUAGUUACCAUCAAUUAUGUAGCCUUGUAUAUGUGAGUGUGAGCGUGUGAGUGUGUGUAGAGUGCGUGCAGCCUUAUUUGUAGAAUGCAAACAUCCUCGAUUCACUCAGUUGAUCUGAGUAAGUGAAAGGAGGACUGUUAACAUGCUGGAAAACCUGCUGCAAAAAGAAGGUUUAUUCCUAUUAUAGCAAUCUUACCUUAAAGUAUCAUGUAGUUAUGCGUUAACGCUCCUGAUCAUGUCUACCACCUGAGUUAAGUGAGGGAUGUAUUAAAGAAACAAUGAGUGUCUGCCCUUGUUGAAGCACAUACUGAGUAAUAAAACAAACACACAACAACACAACAAAUGCAUAGUCAAGUGUUGUGCAAGAAAUAUGUCAGAGCUAAUGAUAGAAAUCUAACUACAUGUUCUUGAGUGUUAACAGUUUCACGUAACUGAGCUGAAACGUUGGCAUGAGUUGUGAUCUUAGUAGACUGCGGUCAUGUGACUGUAUGGAAAGUUUUUGUCCCUGUCUGGGCUUUUUUUUCCCCACCCCCUCUUUUUACUGCUGAGCUAAAGAGAGACACUGGGACACGGACUAAAGAGGAAGGAAGUUGAGAUUGUAAUGUAACACCCAGAAUGAGAGGGAUGUGAGUGUCCACAUGUCCACAUCUAGAUUAAAAAUGGACCAAGGUGAUCUGCUUCUGUUGGUUUUCUCAGCAGGGGCUUCACCUCUUAGUACUUUUAACAAUGUUCAGACACCUCAGACUCAUCUGCAUACUUCAACAGUUACAGUUCUUCCACGUGCUCUGAGCUAAGAUUGAAAAAUAAGUGUCAUGUUAGCACUAUACGGUGCAGUCUAAGCUGUCACUCAGCUCAGUUUAUUGCUCUUUACUCCUGCAACUUUUACUACUAUGUCUGUGCUGUCUUAUCUACAUGACAGAGACACAUUACAAUAUGUUUCUGUCUGUUUCUCCUCGACAUUCAGCAAGGCAUAAAUCUGUUCAAUUCAAGAAAAUACAUAUCUUUAUAUUAAAACAGUAGCACCAGUUUGUAAGAGUAAAACCUGUUUGUCAGGCCUGGAAUUCACUGUUACUUCAUUCAUAGAUCUAACAUAUAGUUUAUAUUCUUUGUGCCAAAGUACAUUGUAGUUAAGGAACAAGUGAUUUAUAUUUCCAUGACAUGGUUGUUAGUUUCAGUCCAUAACUCCUGUGUGUAUUUGUGUUUGUGAGUGCGUGUGUAACAGGGCUCCAAUUACUGGUUAUUUUCACUGUCGAUUAUUUUCUCAGUUAAUCCUUUGAUACCUAAAGUGUCAGAAAAUGGUUUAAAAAAUCAGCUCACUGUUUCCAAGAUGCUUAGAAGUGUUAUAUUUGUCUGAACAACAGUCCAAAACCCAAAGAUAUUUAGUUUACUGUCACUGAAGACCAAGAACACAAAGCAAAUAUUUACAUUUGAGAACCUGGAAUCAGUUGUUUUUAAAAACCUAGAUAUUUUUGCUUUACUUAACGUUAACUUUAAUUGAUCAUCAGAACAGAUACAAAUUAAUUUUCUGUCAUUUGACUAACUGUCUCAGCUCGAGUGUGUAUGUUGUGUGCGCAUAUCUGUGUGUAGGUUCUCAUUGAGGGCCUUACUGUUCUCAUCACUGCUUUCACUUUCUCACUUGGGUGCUUAAAUUCCAGUGUUGUAACUGUGGUAUUUACUGUCUGUAUAUCCAUAAAUUCAUCAUGGAGUAACCUUUGUUAUGUUCCUAUUUCUCUAUUUAAAAAUUCUCUUUAUCGUUACGUUGGACACACAUGUUCCCUGUUUGCAGUUCAGUACUGACUGAACAGCAGAAAUGGGAAAUGGGGGGUCAGCAGGUCAUUCUUAGUAGGACACUGUUACGAAAAAAAGUUACCCCACACAACACAACAGGCAGGCCAACAAGGUCGAUAUGCUUCCAUAACACUGGACUUGUAUUGCCUUGUCUUUGAUAACUGUGCCUCACAUUCAGCUUUUGGUCUCAAAUAUAGUAAUGUGCAAAAGCUUUUUACACACAUAUCAAACAAAGUUGAGUAAAACUGCUACAAAUUUGAUAGCCUAAAUAUGUUGUAACAUAUUUUAUACUGUAGAUGAUAGUUUCAUCUUUUUUAUAUAUAUUUUCAUCUGUGAUCUCUUGUUAAAACUCAUGUGUUGUUUUUUUUUUGUUUGUUGACUGAUAUCCAUACAACUACCUUGUGCAAAGUACUGGCCCAUUAUUUGGGACAUAGUUUAGUGCCCAUGUUAUUAUCAGUGUCAGUUUAUCAAACAGUAAUAUCAUGUGUUACAUAAAGUUCAGUUGAUGUGCAGCUGUGGUUUCAACAGAAACUAGGAUUUUUCAUAUACUGUAUCAAACUCUUCAUUAAAAUGGGUACUCUGUUUUUA